CCCUCCCGUCACGAGUCUUUUUCCCAAGUUAAUGACGUAAAUUGAUGUCCAGUGACAGUGAUUGAUGUCAAACGAUGGUGAAUGAUCUUUCAUGACAAUAAAGGAUUCUUAAGAAUGAUGUUGAAUGAUGGGAAAUGACUGGGAAUGAUGUCUGACGAUUGGGAAUGGUUUGUAAAUGAUGGAGGAUGAUGUCUAAGGACGGUCAAUGAUAUAUAAUGAAGUGACAGCGUAUGAUGUCGAGUAAUGAUGUCCAGUGACGGAAAUUGAUGUUCAAUGGCGGCGAAUCAUGUCCAGUGACGGCGGAUGACGUCUAACGUCGGCAAUUGAUACCCUAAGUUGGUAAAAUGCGUUUGAUGUCAGUGAAUAUUGUGUUUAAUGACGACAAAAUAUACUUAGUGACGAGAAUUGACGGAUAAGUGUGCUUGAUAAAGGGGUGAAUGUUUCAACUUUUUCUGAAUGGUUUCAAAUGAUGGAAAAUGAUCAGUUAUGACGGGGAGUGAUGGGUAAUAACUGCAUUAUUUUUCAUUUACAGACCUUCGUGAUGCUGACAUAUGCUGAGAUGCCGGCCCAAUUCUAGCCGAGGCAUAGCGGUCAAGUGACAUGUUUAGACCAAUCGUGCACGAGCACAGGUUUUCGAUGAAUUGCAACCCAUCACUGGGCAAUAAGAGCGAAGAUUUGUAGGUGGAGUCCACGCUAACACUGUGGACAUGGUAACCUCGGGUAGCAUAGGAAAUAGAGCGAUCUCCUACUUUAGAUUUGCACUUUUUAGGAUGCUUCAGCUUGGCCUUCUUUUUUUUUGAUUUCCUGCACCUAGGACAAUCAAUGGACAGGAAGUUGAGACUGGCGCGAGCGGAAGCGGUAAACCGGAACAAUCCCUUGCGCGCUUCCAGAUGUUGUCUUUGAGAGCCGUAAAGCAAUAUGGCGGCUAAUGCAAUGGAAACCGAUGACUUAGGCCAUUUACCUUCAAGUACGCUGCGAAGAUCGAAUUCAGCACCGAAUGUGAGCGCUGCUGUAGUGAGUGAGGCCAUCCCUAUAUUUCAACCACUGCAGACCGCAAGGCAGCGUCGAUUUUCGACCAGUCAAAUGGCUGUGAACAUUGGAUCUCCUGCGUCAAGAAUAGCACAGAUCAAAAGGGAAGAACUUGAAAGUAUGGACGAGGCAAGUCGGGAAAGACAAAUUGAAAGUGAACUAUCUCUUACAAUUGGAAUGCAUGAUCAUAUGACUUUAAUGGAUCAUGAUAAAAACCAUGAUGCAGAUAUGCAUGAACGACGAAACUCCUUUGAUGACCACAGGCAUCCAUUCCCUUCGCCAUCAUCUUUAUCAUCAUCACCAACAAACAAUCAGAAGGCAAUGAAAGGCAGAAGUCUUACUCCAAGUCCUAUACCAAGUCCUACUAGAACAACAUUUAUGCGCAGAAGUCUCAGUCCUGUUUAUUUUAAGCCAAGUACCUUGACACUGAAAAGAAAAUGGCCAUCAGAAGGCUUUGAGCCUGGAGUCAGUCCGUCAAAGCGUCUCUGUGAUGUUUCACCACUUAACUGUUCCCCAAAUGGCCCAGUUGAAUCAGAGCAUAUAAACUUUGACGAGGAAAAUAAUAUUCAUGAAGAUCCUGGCAGCUCUUCAGCUUCAGACACUUCAACAUCAUCAUCAACUGCUACUCCAAUGCUCUUUGGAGAAAUACCUAGACAACCUUUGCCACUGUACCGUUCAAAAUUCACUCCUCCAAGAUCACCUCUGGCAGGUCCAUCGACAACCCAAAGCCUACCAAGAACACUAGGAAACUCACCUUCUUGUUUCACCUUUUCUCCUGUUCAAGAUUAAUAAGAGCACAAGUCAAGAGGUCUAUUUUUCUAUCCCCAAAAUAAAUGAGCAGACAGUAUUUUAGAGCUUUAUAGUAGUACAUAGAUCCAUUUUCACAAUGGCAAUAGACAAAUAUUAGAACAAUAUUGCCAUUUUGUACAUGUAUAAUAAGAUAGUAUGACUAAAUAUAGAGUUAGUUAGUCCUUAUCCUAAGUUGGUAAAAAUUUAUUUGGUAAUCACUCUAAAUAUAUUGCUAGAGUGUUUGGUUUCCAACUGGAAUUAUUUGAUUGAAAUGUAAAUUUAUUUUGAAUUUGUGGAUGUUUUUGCCCUCUUAUCUGUUGAUAAAUUUUGAAUCUUUGUUUUCAACUAACUUAGGGUCUACCAUAUUUUUUCUACCACGAACACCUGUAUCAAGGAAAUUAUAACCAUUACCAAAAAGUUAUGUUGUUUUACAUUUUUGAGUUGUAUAUGUUGUUUUUGGACAUUGGUACCAACUGCUCUCUGAAUUGCACGUCCAGUUAAUUCCUCAGUAAAAUUGACUGUACAGAGCAUCUGCAGGGAUCUUAAGAAGUUUUGAAAUAGACAGCGAAAACUACAAUGUAGGUGGCUUCUGGAAGUUUGAUGUUUACUCUGAUGUUGCUAAUUUCAGAGAAAAUAGGCAGUGGUUUUGCAUGAUAGCAAAAGUUGUCAUUAAAACUACUGCAGCUGUGCUUGUGGAGUACAUUAGUUUCAGGUCAUAUAAGUGCUGUAUGUUGGAUUUUGAAUACAUCAGAUCAACCACAAUUUUCAAGAUUUGAUUUGCCUCGUCAUGAGUUGUAGUUGAAGUUUCACAACCAUUUGGUUGCAGGGUUUAAUUUCUGAACAAAGAUUUUUUGGUGAGUUGAUCACUUGAAAUUUGAAUGAAUCACUUGUUAAAUGUAAAUGUUCAGUAACUUUCAGUGAUUACAACUUCCUUGGUUUAGUCAGAAUGAAUCAUCUUUCAUUCCUAUACUUGAGACUGAAGAUACAUCCAACAAACACACUUGUCAAAAUCAGCUUCAUGAAAAUUGUGGUUGUUCUUGUAAAAUGUUGUCUACCACAAAACUCCUUGCUUGUUUUGCAUGUAUGAAAGUGAAAGUUAGGGUUUAGUGGUCGUGGUGAACUUGACCUGCCUUGACUGUAAAGUGUCCAAAAAUAAUCAGGGAAGGCGUUGGGAAUGGUCAUCAACCGAGGUAGGGAUGAGAUUACCAGUCACCUUUGCCUAUUUUGUGCUUUUCAAAGACACCUUAGGAAGGUUUAGUUGAAAAAAUAAAUUUUGUGAGAUGUACAUAAAUCUAGAAUAGACUAUAUGCUAUCCAUCUGAUCUUAACCAUUAUCUCUAGCUUUGAAAUGUUUCCCUGUAGAACCAUUUUAAAAAGUCAAACUCCCAAGAUGUUUUCAGUUUGUUGAGGUGAAGAUUUUUUUGGACACUUACUUGUGGUUACUGUGUUGUUUGGUUGUUACAUUUUCAAACUUUUCAUGGAAUUGCAAGUUGGUAAUUUUGAUGAAGCAGAUCUGUUGGAACCCAGUUGUGUAAAUAUGAUGAUGGAUUGUAAAUAUGGGUGGUAAAGAGUUGUGUGGUUUUUGCUUGUCCCAGGUUUUCUUCUACCAAGCAGUUUAUUGAGCAGUAGGCCAGGGUAUUGUAGCUAGAUGUAAGUAAUUUCAGUCAAAAUUGUGUCUUGUCUUGGGCUAUUUUACUCCCAGCAGUAAUGAACAUGUAACAAACUUAAGGGUCAGAGGCUGAUAUUGUGAUGUUACACCAACUAAUAAUUUUUGCUAACAGUUGAAAGGAAAUUUGUAGAAUGUGUAGGAGAGAAUUGCAAAUAGGCUCUUGGGAAUGAAAGGGUAAAAAAUGCUCUGGUAAUAAACCUCUUGACUGAGGAGGGCUGGAUGGGAAAUUGUUUUCUGAAGAACAUGAUGUAUGGACCAAGAAAAAAUAUUUCCCCCUUAACCUAACAUACAUCAGCCCAUAAGUAUUUCAUUGUAUGAUUGGGGCUGAAUAUUUUCUCCCAUAUUUGUUUCAGCUACCUUCUUUCAGGGUCAUAAGCCUUUUUUUAGUCCUGCUUGUGAUAUUACAUACCAUAUGUUCUCAUACAGGGACUUUGCAAUAAUGUUUUUUUAAUAAAGUGUACACAGGGCUGGAUAAGUCUUAUGAUUAAUUUACCCCAUACAUUAUACGUUCAUUUUCAGCCAGCAUUUUCAUUCUUUUGUUAAGUAUGGAUAACAUUCUAAAUGUUUGCAAGAUCAUUUAGUCAUCAUUACUUUUCAGUACCAAAUUUACUGUCAUGGUAAUGUAAUAUUUAUCGUAUACAUGUAUGUCGCAAUAUCUAUGUAGCACCAUUUUUUAUAGUUAAUUUUUUAUGGCUAAACAUUCUACAUGUAACUGCAACAGUUAAAAAAGAAAAUUUAAAUGUGUAAGGCUGACAUCUUUAACUACCAAUACUUUAAAUUUUAAAAUUGUAAAUAGCUCUCAGAAUAUUCAUCUACUUCAAGUAAACUGACUUCAUUCAUAGAAUAAACACUUCAAAAGUAGUCAAA